GCCUUGAAUCAUGCCGGACAUCCUUACGAUAAAGAAGAGCAUUUUUUCCAAAAACAUUCCAAAUGUUAUAUUUUCUUAAGCAAUUUGCUGUUUGUCAACAAAUUUAGUUAUGCUUGUUUACGAUGGAAAAACAAUCCAGUUUAUUACACAUUCAUCUCCUGUAUGCAUAUAUAUGCUUUUUAGUUGUUUUGAAAACUACCUUUUCUGAAAGCUCCGAAUUAAUUUCUGCUAAAACAGUUGAUAUAAAGGGUAUUUCUAUGAUAGCUGGACAAGAAAGAUCAAUUAGUUCGAACAUUGAUUACGUGUUUGACUUGGAACCUCUCAUUUCGGAUGCAGUAGUUGAGGAUAUUGAUCCAGAAGUUUCUAGAAAAUUAGAAGCGAAUCGAAGGAGAGAUGCAUCAGAUUACAAGUGGACACAAGAACACAAAAUGAAAAUACUAGGUCUCCAUAAUCUCUAUAGAGGGAACGUUACGCCUCCGGCUGGUAAUAUGGAAUUCAUGGAAUGGGAUGAAGAACUUGAACAUAUGGCCCAGGAAUGGGCAAAUGCAUGCGAAUUCCAACAUGGAAGACCACCUAAUUCUAGAGGAGGAUAUGGUCAAAACCUUUACUUAGGUACAGAUCCAACAGGACUUAAAGGCCUAUGGAUGUGGUACCGAGAAUAUCUGAAUUAUCACUUUCACAACCAUUCAUGCCCACUAGGAUUAAUGUGUGGACAUUACUUGACGAUGGCUUGGGCCGCUAACACUAAACUUGGAUGUGCUGUGAAUCUAUGCGGUUAUCAAUAUUUGCUGGUCUGCCAUUAUAGCCCGGGAGCAUCUAAAGGGACUUACAUUUAUGAUGUCUCAAAACCAUGUUCGCAGUGCAUAGAGAAACCCGGAACUUUGUGCUACAAGAAUCUUUGCAUGACGAAAGAACAAUGUCAGCGCAAUCCAAAAAAGUGUAAAUUGGCUGUAUGCAACUUGAAAUGCCAUAACUGCGGACGGUUAGAUAAAGCUGACUGUUUGUGUUCUUGUGCUGAUGGCUGGGACACCUAUGACUGCUCACGUCCGUGCGAAAAUGCUCACGAGCGUUGUGGUAUUUAUCCAGGCUAUCCCAGCAAAUCAGUUUGCCCUGUUUAUAGUAAGGUUGAAAAUGAAUUUUGCAGAUUAAUGUGUGGUAAAUGUGUGCCUUAUUUUGAAAAUGAAACUAUUACUCAUGAGGUUGUAAACCACGUUUGCUGUGACGGAAAGUUGUGUUCAAGAGGGAAUAUCCUGGAUUUGAAUAGAAAACCCUGUACUUGUAAUCUACAGUGCCCAGGACCUCGGUGUGAUUCCAUGGAUGGAAGUGGUAUGAAGUCAAGGAUCAACACUAUUCCAUUGUUGUGUUUUGCUUUGCUGGCUUUAAUAUUAAUUUGAUGCAAUUGUAAAAACCCAAAUAAAAUAUAUCAAUAUGU